UUACUUUAGCAUAAAUGCAAUGAUUAUUUGUGAUUCCGAUAUGGUUAUACAAGCAGAAGAUGCAAGCCGACCUGGAUCAAGCCAUGAUGCUUUUGUUUUUAAUAUGAGUAAUGCAAAGCAACAUUAUUUGUCAAAAUAUGAAGCUGGUGACCGCGGAUCCUGGUUACUUCGUGAUUCCGGAUUCGGAAUAGAAUCAUUUUUAUUGACACCGUAUAGAGAUCCUAAUCCGGGAUCACCACAACAUAGGCAUUAUCAAAUAGAAGACUUUGUAGAAACAGAAAGCACAACCCAACCUGAAGAAAUUUUUGAAGAAAAUACUGAACUCGAAGAAAAUACAAAUUUGAAUAAUGUUGGCCGAAAUUUAAGAGACUCAAUUGCCAAUAAUUUAAUAUUAUAG